AGGACGAUGGCGGCAGCGGUAGGGGCGCUGCGGCUCCUGCUGGCCGGGCCGGGUCUGAGGAGGCGGAGACUGCUCCAGCAAGAUGCAGCUCCCAUGCGACAGCACGGGGCCCACCUUGAGCUGCCGGCCAAGUGCCAGGCACAACAAGCCGCAGCAGCAGCACAGAAGAAAAGCUCCUCACUGUCAGCUGGUGUUCCUAAACUUGAUUAUCACUCCAAGCCUUCCCACAAGUAUGUACCUCGGAGAGCUGUGCUAUAUGUACCUGCAGACGAUGAAAGGAAGAUACAAAAAAUUCCAUCUCUAAAUGUAGACUGUGCUGUAUUGGACUGUGAAGAUGGUGUGGCUCUGAACAGAAAGGCAGAAGCAAGGCUCACAGUUGUGAAAACACUCAAAGAGGUUGAGUUUGGCCAGACUGAAAAGUGUGUCAGGAUCAAUUCAGUGUCCAGUGGUCUUGCAGAACAAGAUCUCGAGGUCCUUUUGAAGUCCAGUGUUCUUCCUUCAAGCCUGAUGCUGCCAAAAGUUGAAAAUGCUGAAGAAAUAAGAUGGUUUUCAGACAAAUUUUUACAUCACUUAAAAGGCCGAACACUUGUAGAACCAAUGAAUUUAAUCCCUUUUGUGGAAACUGCAAUGGGGUUGCUCAAUUUUAAGGCAGCCUGUGAAGAAACAUUAAGCAUAGGAUCCCAAGUUGGCCUUCAUUUGGAUGCAGUAGUCUUUGGAGGAGAGGAUUUUCGAGCCAGCAUAGGUGCUACAAGUAGUAAAGAAACUCAUGAAAUUCUGUACGCCAGGCAAAAAAUUAUUGUCACAGCAAAGGCUUUCGGCCUACAAGCUAUAGACCUUGUGUACAUUGAUUUCCAAGAUGAAGAUGGGCUCCGUAGGCAGUCAAGAGAGGGUGCCCUAAUGGGAUUCACUGGUAAGCAGGUGAUUCACCCUAACCAAAUUGCUGUUGUCCAGGAACAGUUCUCUCCAAGCCCUGAAAAAAUAAAGUGGGCACAAGAACUGAUUUCUGCUUUUGAAGACCAUCAGCAAUUAGGAAAGGGAGCCUUUACUUUCCAUGGGAGUAUGAUAGACAUGCCAUUACUGAAGCAGGCACAGAACAUUGUUACGCUUGCCACAGCCAUCAAGAAAAAAUGAUCUGUUAAAUGAAGCUCUCACCAUGUGGGCAGAGAAGCAGUUUUAAAGAACGACUUUGGGAAAAUGUAAAUACAUCAGAGUUAAGCAGAACUCUAUUUACAUUUCUGCAGAUCUGACAUAAUUUUUCUUGCCAGACUUGCUAAUUACCACGACUAUGUAUGAUUUAAAGUAGUGCUCGCUCCAGUGCAGCCCAAUGUGCUCGUCCUCCUGGAUCCUGGAGUGAAGUCAUAUUGCUGGGUGUAUGACAUCACAAUAACGAUUACAAAGACAGGCUUAUGACUUCACUGGGGAUAGCAGCAACAUCUGGGCUGUGAUGAAAACAAGCUUUUCUAAAAUAACAAAUGAAACAAAAAUCAGGUCAAAUGCUUCUGUUUUGUCUGGGCUUUUCCCCGCCUCCAUGAUAUCUGCGGCAGAGUAGAAGUCCUCUUUCGAAGGGCAAACUCAUGCAUAAUUAUUAAAUAGGUGACACCGUAAAGAUAAUUUAUUCAUUCAUUCAUUAUCUUUAAGGUGCCACCGGACUUCUUGUUGUUUUUAUUAAAUAGUUGAAAUUGUUAUGAAAAUCAUUUAAUAUCUGUGUGGGCUUCUCCCCCUCCUAUAAAUGUACAACAGUCAUUAAAAAAUGAAUGCACCAU